ACCAAUCAUGUUUCAAUUCAUUUCAAUUUCUAGCCACCAUCAUCUUAAUCCCAUAAUCACUAUAAAUAGCCCAAUCCAAAACACAAUAAUUCCCACGUCUUUCUUUUCCUCAAGAAAAUCCCAUUUUUCAUAUUCACUCAUUAAACCCAUAAAUAAUAAUCCUUUUCGUUUCUCUGUUUCAUUACCACCUCCAAUUCUUGCUCACAAAGGAAGUGAAGUUGAAUUUGAGAAGGGAGUUGAGGAAGAAGAAGAAAAAGGAGUAGACGCCGCCAUGACGAUCACUCCAGCGAUAAGAAUUUCCGACAGGAAACUCAUAGUAAAGGACAGAACAAUACUAACAAAUGUACCUGACAACAUAAUCACCACCUCAGGCGCAACAUCAGGUCCAUCGGAGGGCGUAUUUCUCGGUGCAGAAUUCGAUCAAGAGAGCAGUCGCCACGUCACACCACUCGGGAAAUUACAGGAUGUUAAGUUCUUAUCUAGUUUCAGGUUCAAAUUAUGGUGGAUGGCUCAAAAAAUGGGUGAUAAAGGAAGUGAAAUCCCAAUGGAAACUCAAUUUUUACUUGUCCAAACCAAAGAUGAAUCAUCUCACAUCGACGACAACAAUGUUGUUUACGCUGUUUUCCUUCCGUUAAUUGAAGGUUCAUUUCGAGCUGUUCUUCAGGGGAACUCUGAAGACGAACUCGAAUUGUGCCUGGAAAGCGGGGAUAAGGAUACUGUCAGCUCGGCAUUUAAUCAAACAGUUUAUGUGCAUGCUGGAUGUGAUCCGUUUGUUGUUAUUACAGAAGCGAUAACGGCGGUCAAAUUACAUCUCAAGACUUUCAGGCAAAGGCACGAGAAGAAACUCCCUAAAAUUGUUGAUUAUUUCGGGUGGUGUACAUGGGAUGCUUUUUAUCAAGAAGUUACUCAAGAAGGAGUCGAAGCUGGUCUCGAAAGUCUCACCGCCGGUGGCGUACCGCCGAAGUUCGUCAUCAUCGACGAUGGCUGGCAGUCAGUCGGUGGUGAUCCGGAAGUUGAAAAGCCACUAAUGAGACUUACAGGAAUCAAGGAAAACGAAAAGUUUCAGAAUAGUGAAGAUCCUACGGUGGGGAUUAAGAACAUUGUGAACAUAGCUAAGGAGAAAUACGGGUUGAAUUAUGUGUAUGUAUGGCACGCGAUAACGGGUUAUUGGGGUGGGGUCCGACCCGGAGUGUACGGGUCGGUUAUGAAGUAUCCGGAGAUUACAAAAGGGGUGAUGGAGAAUGAACCGGGUUGGAAAACGGAUGCGAUCGCGGUUCAAGGUUUGGGUUUGGUUAACCCGAAAACUGCUUAUAAGUUUUAUAAUGAAAUGCAUAGUUAUUUGGCAUCAGCCGGGGUAGAUGGAUUAAAGGUGGAUGUGCAGUGUAUAUUGGAGACCCUAGGGGGUGGUUUAGGGGGUCGGGUUGAGCUCACUAAACAGUAUCAUCAAGCUCUCGAUGCUUCCGUUGCUAGGAAUUUCCCCGAUAAUGGUUGCAUCGCUUGCAUGAGCCACAGUACCGAUGCACUUUACUGCUCAAAGCAGACAGCAGUUGUAAGAGCAUCAGAUGACUUUUUUCCAAGAGAUCCAGCCUCACACACAAUUCACAUUGCUUGUGUGGCAUACAACAGUGUGUUCCUUGGAGAAAUUAUGCAGCCUGAUUGGGACAUGUUCCACUCCGUUCAUCCCGUGGCCGAGUAUCAUGCCUCAGCCAGGGCGUUGAGUGGUGGACCUGUCUAUGUUAGUGAUGCACCCGGCAAGCACAACUUUGAUGUCCUGAGGAAGCUUGUUCUCCCAGAUGGUACAAUUCUUCGUGCUCGUUUGCCUGGUCGACCUACAAAGGAUUCCCUUUUCAAUGAUCCUUCUCGUGAUGGUGUUAGCCUUUUGAAGAUAUGGAACAUGAACAAAUACACUGGUGUUCUUGGAGUAUACAACUGCCAAGGUGCAGCGUGGAGCACAAUUGAGAGGAAGACCACGUUCCACAAAACUAACUCAGAGGCAAUAACAGGCUAUAUCAGGGGCCGUGAUGUUCAUUUCAUAUCUGAAGCUUCCAUGGACCCCAACUGGAGCGGAGACUGUGUUCUUUACUCUCAUGGAAGCUCUGAACUUGUCGUUCUGCCUCACAAUGCAGCAAUGCCCGUAUCUUUUAAGAUCCUUGAGCAUGAGACAUACACUGUCACACCUAUUAAGGUCUUGGCACCUGGUUUCAGUUUUGCACCACUGGGGCUCAUUGACAUGUACAAUGCCGGUGGGGCAGUUGAGGGACUAAAAUACGAGUUGAAGGCAGGCGCAGAAUUAUCUGAACUCGACAGUGGAUAUCAAGGCGAAGGAAAUCUUGUGGCGGAUGAUAGAAUCGAAAACCUGAGCACUGAAGCAGUUGCAGUAGUAUCGAUGGAAGUAAAGGGGUGUGGUCGAUUUGGUGUUUACUCAUCUGUCAAGCCGAGGAAGUGCAGUGUGGGUGGAGAUAUGGUUGAUUUUGCCUAUGACUCAGAGUCCGGUUUGUUAACUUUGAAUCUUGAUGAUAUGCCUCCAGCUGAUCAGAAAGUGCAUAUUAUUGAAGUUGAAGUAUAGAUAUGAGGAAGACAUUGUUUAGCUAGAUAUUAAGAAGGGCAUUAUUUGGGGACUCAAAAGUGGGAUUGGGGCUUAGAUUUAUAGUAAUUUCCCUUACUAGAUUAUGAUCCCUAGUAUCUGUCCCCACUGAUUUGUAUUACCAUUGAAUAGUUUAGCUCCAUUUGCUUUUCAUUCAAUGAAAGGCAUGGCAGAAGCUGAUGAUCAAGAGAAAGGAGAGAAAUAUCUAUGUAGUUCUAUGUGGUGAUGUCCAUUUCUGAUGGAAUAUGGAUAUCCUUCAAUAAUGUGAUGAUUAUGUUUGACCA